AUGAACACCAGCCCAGGUUUAGUUGUGACCAUCGCCGUCGCAGUCCUGGUGCUUGCGAUGAACGAUUCCGCCGCCUUAUAUCACUGGGAGUACUCUACUGUGCUAGGAUAUUUCUUACAAGAUGACCCCUCUACGGAUCCUGCAACAUUUGAUUAUGUAUCUACUGCAUUUGGUCUGAUAAAUAAAACUUACGACACAGACGCGUCAUUUGACCCUGACCGCCAAAAAUCCCAGUGGGACCGGUUUACGCACAAACUUCAUGCCAUCAAUCAAACCGCCCCUGCUAACGUAAAGUAUACAUUGCUUUUUCUUGGAAGGCAUGGUCAAGGCUACCACAAUGUAGCUGAAAGCUACUAUGGCACUGCAGCCUGGGAUUGUUAUUGGUCGAUGCUAGAUGGAAACGGAUCCAUCACCUGGACAGACGCCCACUUGACAGAUCAAGGCAUCCUUGAUGCCCAAAUAGCCAGACAAGCAUGGGCAACUCAGAUUGAAGGUGGAAUUCCAGUUCCUGAGAGUUACUAUACAAGCCCUCUCUACCGCUGUUUGCAGACCGCCAACAUCACCUUUAGCACUCUUAGUUUGCCACAGAAUAAUCCUUUUAUCCCUACAGUUAAAGAGCUUCUCCGCGAAACUAUCGGCAUUCACACCUGUGAUCGACGCAGUUCCCGGGAGUACAUUAGCAACAGCUACCCAUCAUACUCUAUUGAGCCCGGGUUUGCCCAGUCUGAUCCACUCUGGGUCUCCAAGCUCCGGGAGUCCCUCUCUGCCACGAAAGACCGCCUUCGCACUCUAUUGGAUGACGUCUUCACCCAUGAUCCAAAUACUUUUCUGUCUAUGACUGCUCAUGGCGGGGCAAUUACUGCCAUUCUUGAAGUUGUUGGGCAUCGAAAAUUUCCACUCGUCACUGGUGCAGUGAUUCCGGUUCUUGUACGUGCCGAGAAGAAACCUGGUCAAGCACCGCAUCGGGUCAUUGAGCCGUGGGAGCCUCCACCGAAAUGUGCUGAGAAUCCUACGGCAACCCCACUGAUACCUAAUUGA